GGACGGAGUAGCGCAGUUCUGGAGCCUGCGACACCCGUAAGCAGUCGCAUCGAUGCGCGUCGUCCACUACUGAGCAACGCACCGGCUGCGCACAAAGACACAGAGAGACACGAGCAAAUGGCAGCAGCCCUCGAGUGGCACGCCCGCAGCGACGGCAACCACUGGCCCCUCGCGGAACGACUACGAGCGGGCCUCGACAGUGAACUCUUCGACGCUCGGAUCGCGCGCGUCGACGACCUCAACGGAUUGCCGGGCCGCGCCGCGGGCGGGAAGCCGGUGCAGCGGUUCAAGCUCCGCGAGCUAAUCAGAAUUGCGUCGGAAGCAUCAACACCCUUCGUCUGGAGCGACGUCGACGUCCAGCCUCUGGGAUCCUUGCAGAGGCUCCACGACGCGAUAACUGACGCGCUACGGACGGACGCGGAUCUCUUCGUGCAGCGCGAGUUCGCGGACUGCGGCUGCAACGUCGGGUUUUUAAUCGUGCGGCCGUCGCCGCGAAUGGAUGCCUUCCUCGAGAAAUGGCUCCGGGAUCUCGAGUCUACCAAUACGUUAGAUCAAAAAAUACUGAACCGGUACCUCCUCGCCAAUGAAGCGUCGAUUUCAGUAAAGCGGCUUCCCACGACCUUCUGGGCGUCCUCGUCGGCGCCGCCGCUGCUCCACGAGCUGGUGCUCCACCACGCGAAUUUUGUGGUUGAUACGCAGCGGCGGCCGUCGAGCGACCCCUCUCCGAAAAUCGCGCAGCUCGAUGCGGUGAGGCGUUGUUUCGACGAGAAGGACGCGGCCGCGUUUGGGACCCUCGCCGGGUUCAUCGCGGGGGACGCGUCGCUCGCGAAGUAUCGGGAGCGGCACUUCCCGGACCCGGGGGCCUGGGCGGCGCUCCCCUGACCGGCGCCGCGUCGACGGCGUGUCGGGCUGACGCGUGACUCGGACUCGGUACGCCGUCGACGCGUGACUAAUGUGU